UCCUUUUAUUUCCGUUCCAUAUUCGAUCGCUUUCUCUCUCCUCAUUUUAUUCGCUUGCCGCUUCUCCGUACUCUUUUCUCUUAUUUCUCUCUCUCUCUUUCCCUCCAAUCUUCAAAAACCUCCAUUAACUCCCUCCCUUUUUCCUCCAUUGUUUCCGAUGUCGAACGCCGUCGAAGAUCUCAGCCACCGCCUCCGGCACUCCGAUUUCCGAUUUCAUCUCCUUCACCCUCACUCUCAGCACCAUCGCGACAUGUCUUCUUCUUCUUCGUCUUCAGCUCCAGCUCUUCCUCUGUGUUUCCGUCAGUAUCAUCGGCCUCCUCCGCCUCGGCUGAAUCAAUCCGAUACUUGUGCUGGCCGUCUCGCUCCCGACGCGCAUUCUACUGCUGCUGCUACGCUUGACUUGAAACAAACAUAUGACAUUAAUGCCGCUGAGGCUCUGGCUAGUAGACGAGCUUUAGCUUCUGAACAGAGGAUGCGAUCUGAUGAUUCUUCAUGUGAACCAGUAUCCUGUGCAAAUGGAAAGCAGAACAAAAAACCGAAGUUCCAGAAAAAUUCACAGUCUAGGACUGAGAGAUCAAUAGAUGAGCCUCUUGAUGGUCUUAAUCUACCUACUAAUGGUCGGUACGACAGCUCGUUAGGCUUCUUGACAAAAAAAUUUAUCAGGUUGGUUCAGGAGGCUGAAGAUGGAACACUCGAUUUAAAUAAAACUGCAGACGUAUUAAAGGUCCAAAAGAGGAGGAUUUAUGACAUUACAAAUGUUCUUGAAGGRAUAGGACUUAUAGAGAAAACCACGAUGAACCACAUACGUUGGAAGGGAUGCGAGAGGCGUGGGCCUCAAGAGCUCAACGAUCAAGUUAGUAGAUUAAAGGCUGAAGUUGAAAGUUUGUAUGAAGAUGAACGUAGACUUGAUGAUAUAAUAAGGAUGAAGCAAGAACUUCUGAGAAAUCUCGAGGAAAAUGCAAAUCACAGAAAGAACCUUUUUGUUACAGAAGAAGAUAUCUUGCAAAUUCCUUGCUUCAAGAAUCAGACACUUAUAGCAGUUAAAGCCCCCCAAGCUAGUUGUAUUGAAGUGCCUGAUCCCGAUGAGGAGGCUUGUUUUUCUGAGAGACAAUGUAGAAUGAUCAUCAAAAGCACCACUGGGCCAAUCAGUCUAUACCUCUUGAGGAACCAAAAACAAGGGCAAGAAGGAAGUAUUUCCAAGCAAGCGAAACUGUCUUCACAACAGCAAAAGAAUCCUAAUUUAUCUACUACCAACAAUGCCUGUUCUCCUUUCCGGGAGUUUCAUGGGAUGCAGAGAAUUUUACCUUUACAUCAUAAUAUAGACGAUGAUUAUUGGUUCCACUCUAAUUCUCAAGUGAGUAUUACGCAUUUAUGGGGUGAAGAACACAACUUUUAACUUGUCCCGGGAGACCAACAGUCACUGACCUCUGGUUUUUUAUGGAGCAUCACAUUUUUUUCCAUCACAGAGGCCAUUUUUCGACACUUUUCAUUUCUUACAGAAAUUUACUUACGAAGGAAUUCCUCAGAGAAUAAAGAGAGUAAUAAUGAAGUGUUUAUCAGCUCUCAGCCCAGAGAUAGGAAGUAUUUAUGUCUAUUCUCCGCAUAAUUUUCGUCUUAAAGAGGUACGUGAAGACCUUGUCACACUUAAAAAGCUCAUAUUAAUUUUCUUAGAUUUUCUUACUGUGUCUAAUUUGUUUAGGGAUUUUUAUAACGAUAUGAUAUUGCAUGUGUCAAGUGAAAUGCACAAUUUUAU